UCCAGCGUAUACCAAUCUUGUACUUUACAGUCUGCGAGUAAUGGCUUCCUCAUCGCAUUCGUCGUCCUCGCCAAGAAUGUCGUUGAUGGGUCAUCCUCUUGACCCCGGUCACUCGUGCAUUGAAGAAGUGCAGGCUUCUGCUGGUGCCACCGAUCAUGCUUCUGGUGGUGGUCUUAAGUGCAGUACACCUAAAGAGGUGACGGCGCAAAAAGCAGCGAGCAGAGUUGGAUUUGACUUACCAAUACAGUCGGAUUCUCACAGUAAUCUUGGUCUGGACGAUUCUACUUCAACCCUUGGGGGUUAUAAUGAUAGUCUAUUUUGUGACAUGAAUAUGCGGGUUUCCAUGAAGAACUCUUUCUUGAACGUUGAUGAACCCAGUGCCGGUGGUCUUGAUGACUUGGCAAUGCCGGACCUGAUUCGAGGGCAGACAGCGCCUGGCAUAUUCCCUUCAGGCAGACGGGCUAUCGAUUCACAACUCCCCACUUCUGGAUCUGAAGUACCAUUGAUUGGGCUAUCUUGGGCUCCUCUUAUGCACUCAGUACCAGAAGAGGCCAACUACUUGUCCGACAAUCUCAUGAAUGCAAGCAAUGGAUCUCUUUCUUAUGGUGCUCACUCUGAUCAUGGUAGCUCUGACUCACAGGAUCUGGCCGCUACGAUAUCAGCAGCAUUGGGGUUGGAGAGUAAUAGGGACUCGGAUGUCGCUUCCAUUCUGGGUGCGGCUGCCGCUGCGGCCACAGCUGAUGGCCCGAGUCAAGACGUGGACUCAUUGAGAUUGCAGAAUCAGCUCUUAACCAACGCUCUCUUCUCUAUUGCAGCAGCCGGUGGAAGGCGUCAACAACAGGAUGGUAUUGGUGGUCGUGGUGCUUCUAGUGGUGGUAUGACUGUUCCUACGAAUAGUAACUCUGUAUCGACUCCUCCUCAAUCCGUAUGCCCCACUAACAGUCCGUCGGGCAUGAUUUCUGGACCGUCCACUGGUAGUGACUAUAUCGGAUUACUACCACAGAUGGGCGUUGCGGUUGGCCCGCCUCCUCCCCCUGAAGAGGGUGAUGAUGAUAUUAAUAAUACGACAGUGAUGCUGAGGAACAUACCUAACAAGUUCGAUACACGCUCCUUGAUCGAACAGAUUCAUCUUAUGGGUUUUGAGAACACUUUCGACUUCUUCUAUUUACCUAUAGAUUUCAGGAAUAAAUGUAACGUUGGCUACGCUUUCCUCAAUUUCCGUCAACAUUCGAGAGCCCUCGAGUUCAAGAGAACAUUCUCUAACUACAGAUUGCCAGCCCAGAAUUCUCAUAAAAUCUGUCAAGUAUGUUGGGCGCGAGUCCAGGGGUUUGACAAGAACGUUGAGCACUAUAGGAACUCUCCUAUUGCGGAAGAGUAUAGACCUUUAAUUGCCGAUGCAACUGGACGAUGGAUUCCUUUCCCGAAGCCCGAUCCUCAUGUCGAGGAGAUCAUCCGAUCCCGUAUGGAGCAGGAGGAGACGGUUAGAGCAUCUGGCUCUAAUAAUCGGAAGUCUCAUGGUACAGCAUCUUCUAGGGGUAAGGAGAGCCAUAAGAUAUUCAUUGGUGGUUUGGGACGCAGCACUACCAGUGGGGUCCUUCGUGAUCAUUUCUCCAAGUUUGGCGUGGUCAAGGAUGCUUCAGUGGUGAUGGACCGGACCUCUGGUAAAAGCAGAGGCUUCGGUUUUUGCCUCUUCGAACACGAUGUCCCCAAGGCCGUUUUUGAGACAUCUCAUGAGAUCGACGGAGUACCUGUCGCUGUCAAAUAUUACUCAUCAAACUGAUGAUGAUGAUGUUUCCUCAGUGCCAGUGUUCUAGCACAUGUGUAAGGGCUGUAACCGUAGUCAGGCUCGUGCCUUCCUAUUGCUCCUGACUUGCUCCUGUAAUUUGCUGUACAAUGAUAUUCAUGUCCCUCUGCUGUUAUCAUCAUCAUCAUCCUUCCCGCCGCCAAGUUUUGGGAGUAAUCGUACACAGGCUACCGCAGUCAUGCUAUCAUGUUUGUCAAUCAUAUUCAGUUGAUGUGGUAGGUUUUGGUCGGCCUCAUAUCUGUCAUUCAUCUUGUCGUGAUGUUGAUAGUCAGAAUACCACCGGUACAGAAUCAUCAGUGUUUCUGAGGCAAGCUGGCAUAGUCUGCGGUCUUCCUAUAUUGCUACUAUUAUUGUUACCAUAUAUACAUGAGCCUUAUCCACUCAACUCUCUCUAUUCGGCCUUCGUCGUCGUCACUCCCAAAAUUCCUUUGCGAGACUUAAUUCUUUGCCGAGCCCUAAUAGUUGGAUUUAGUGUCUAUCCUGUGAUAGAUGAAGGCGGUCUCCUUGCCUUAGUGGCUCUCUCACCACUGCUACCUUCGCAAUACUAGGCACUACAAGAGGAAAUACCCGAGCACUGUUGUUGGUUCAUAUUGUCGUAGCCUUCAUCAGAACCAUCACCAUUACUAUAACUAUCUGUAUCG